AUGUCUUCCGACGAGUCCAACGAGUAUGUGUCGCGUCAGGGCGACAAGUCUGAGAUCCCCGUCCAAGCGGACGAGUCCAAGGUCGAAGACCCUAUUGAUGAGACCAUGGCCAAUUCAGAUGCACAGCUCGAGCGUGAUGACGCCGAGGCCAUCGAUAAGAGCAACAUAAUUAAGGAGCGCACUCGCCAUGCUGAGCCGCAGGGCGGAUAUCGCGAGCCUGGAGAUAAUGAGGGCAUUCCCACUGAUGACUAG